GACAGCUGUUUCACACAACAAAUAUAACCAAAAAGCUCUCAUCUGAAAAUAAUAAUGCAGCCUGAAGAAUACAAUCGCAGAGGUAAGGAGCUGGUGGACUACAUCACACAGUAUCUGGGCUCCAUCAGGGAGAGGAGGGUGAUUCCAGAUGUGAAGCCGGGCUACAUGAGGGAGCUUCUUCCUGAUACUGCGCCUGAGGAGCCGGAGGACUGGGAGAGCAUCUUCAAGGAUAUCGAGAAAGUCAUCAUGCCAGGAGUGGUUCACUGGCAGAGCCCUCAUAUGCAUGCCUACUACCCCAGUCUGACCUCAUGGCCCUCCAUGCUUGGGGACAUGCUGGCCGACGCCAUUAACUGUGUUGGAUUCACCUGGGCCUCCAGCCCAGCAUGUACUGAGUUGGAAAUGAAUGUGAUGGACUGGUUGUGUAAAGCACUGGGACUCCCCUCCUUCUUCCUGCAUCACCAUCCUGAGAGCAGAGGUGGAGGCAUACUGCAGAGCACAGUCAGUGAGAGCACACUGGUCGCUCUUCUGGCAGCCAGGAAAGACAAAAUGUUGCAGCUGCGUCCUGACCUCGAGCAGGACGUGGACGACUCGGUGCUAAAUUCAAGAUUAGUGGCCUACGCUUCAGAUCAGGCUCAUUCCUCGGUUGAGAAGGCAGGUCUGAUCUCUCUGGUGAAGAUCAGGUUUCUUCCCACUGAUGAUCAGUUGUCUCUGAGAGGAGACACUUUGAAACAAGCCAUACAGGAAGACAGGAGGAUAGGACUGGUCCCUUUCAUGCUGUGUGCAACUUUGGGAACUACAGGAGUGUGUGCCUUUGACAAUCUGUCUGAACUUGGACCAGUCUGUGCAGAAGAGGGAGUGUGGCUCCAUGUUGAUGCCGCGUACGCUGGCUCGGCAUACUUCUGUCCUGAGCUGCGCUGGUCCCUGGAGGGCAUUGAUCUCGCUGACUCCUUUGUCUUCAACCCUUCCAAGUGGAUGAUGGUUCACUUUGACUGCACAGCUUUCUGGGUAAAAGAUAAAUAUAAGCUCCAACAGACGUUCACGGUUGACCCUGUUUACCUCAGACAUGAAAACUCACAGGCAGCCACAGACUUCAUGGUAACAUACUGUCUUGUAUCACCUAAUUACAUUUUUAUUUAUUAUAGUGAAUCAUUUCAUAUAAGGAAACCUUAUCUUUCUGUUCAGAAUUGGCAAAUUCCCCUCAGCCGACGUUUCCGCUCUCUGAAACUUUGGUUUGUUAUGCGCUCCUUUGGCUUGAAAAACCUCCAGGCUCAUAUCAGACAUGGGAUUGAGAUGGCGAAGCUUUUGGAGUCUCACAUUAGGAGUGACCCAAAUUUCGAAGUUCCCGCUGAGAGGCACCUUGGCCUGGUGGUGUUCUGCCUAAAAGGGGGAAAUGCUUUGACACAAGAGCUGCUGAGGAGACUGACGCGGUCAGGCACCAUGUACCUGAUCCCUGCAGACAUUAACACCAAGCGCAUCAUCAGAUUCACGGUGACCUCGCAGUUCACCACCGCAGAGGACAUCCUUAAGGACUGGAGCAUCAUCUCCAAAACAGCUUCCACUCUCCUAGCUGAAACUCAGGCUCUGAACAAUGCAGACCAACUAAAAUCAGGGAGAGAUGAGGUGAUGGACGAAUACCUCGACUCUGACAUGCGGUCUGAGGGGAGCGAGGAUGCUGUCUCCUGUCUUGAAAAGGCUGAGGUGGAGCUGUGGAUUGACAAGGCCUGGAACAGAUCCAGGAGACCAAUGCGCUCUCUCAGCUGCAGCAGCGAGCCUCUGCCUUACACUUGCAGGGGGCCACUGUCUGGCUACGACUUUGAUACAAGGCCUAGUCUUAAAGAUGAUGCAGGCGCCCUCCCUAGCACGCCAUCAACAGCAGGAUCUGGUCCUAUGUUUAAGAUUACAGAGGUGCCUUCAAAUCUCAUGGGUAAAAAGGUCCUAAAAAAGCUGACAAAGUUCUACAGUGUGCCCAGUUUCUGCAACCAGUGGGUGCAGUGUGGCCCGCACCAGCUUUGCUGCCCUGUAAAGGUUUCACAGACAACUCAAAAAAACGUAUCCUCCACCUGCAGAAGAAUGAACUGUAUGUCUUCUUCUCCUGUUGCUAACACUGCCCCCUCUACCAAUCCACUGGAAACCACCACUAAGCUCCUAUAAUGAUCCUAAAAGCAGUUAAGUACAGUCGAUUAGAUACAGACAGUAAUUCAGCUG